AUGGUCAAAUCAGAGAAGAGCGUACUAAUAAGAGAAUUGUGGUUAUCACUUCAGGUUCCUCAAGAUGAAUGGACUGGAUACACUCCACGAGGAAAAGAUGAUGAGAUUCCUUGCCGACGAAUGCGUAGUGGCAGUUACAUCAAAGCCAUGGGGGAUGAUGACAGUGGAGACUCAGACACAAGUCCGAAGCCAUCUCCAAAGAUUGCUGCACGGAGAGAGAGCUAUCUCAAGGCCACCCAACCAUCCCUUACAGAGCUCACCACCCUCAAGAUAUCCAGUGAACACUCGCCAAAGCUUCAGAUUCGGAGCCACAGUUACCUGAGGGCAGUGAGCGAAGUCUCCAUCAACAGGAGCCUGGACAGCCUGGACCCUGCAGGGCUGCUGACAUCCCCCAAGUUCCGCUCCCGCAACGAGAGCUACAUGAGAGCCAUGAGCACCAUCAGUCAGGUGAGUGAGAUGGAGGUGAAUGGUCAGUUUGAAUCUGUCUGCGAGUCGGUGUUCAGUGAACUCGAGUCUCAGGCAGUGGAAGCGCUGGAUCUGCCUAUGCCGGGAUGUUUCCGCAUGCGGAGCCACAGCUACGUCAGAGCCAUUGAGAAGGGCUGUUCCCAGGAUGAUGAGUGCAUAUCGCUGCGGUCUUCAUCUCCCCCACGUACAACCACCACGGUGAGGACCAUCCAGAGCAGUACUGGUGUGUCAGCUUUACAGAGCUCACCAGCACAAAAAGAGGAUCUUGGCAUUGUUACACUGGCGAACAUAGAAGACGCUUCAUACAUCCGGGUGGAUGACUUGCAUUGUCAAGAUCUUUUAAAAGAUCUGGGCGUUAUUAGAG